AUGCUUCACCAAAUAGACUGCAAGAGCAAGAUCGUUUCGGCGGUCACUAAUGGCCCAUAUACAUUUAUCGGUCUGGCAACACAUCAGGUGCGCUGCUUUAACUGGAAAACAGGCAGACUGGUACGCUCUUACGAGGGCCAUACCGGGCCUGUAGUCUGCAUUCUUCUUUCGCAAAAUAAACGGCACAUGUACACGGGAAGCUGGGACAAACGGAUCCUGUGCUUUUCCAUAGUGGACAGAACCAUCGUUGACAACGCGAUCUUUGCUCCUGGUCCCGGAUUGACCUCACACAACGACUUUGUCAAAUGCAUGAUCUUUUCACACGACGAGCACUAUAUCUUCAGCGGAUCUGCCGACGGUUAUGUCUCCAGGUGGGACAUCUCUAGGAAUAAGCAGGCAUUCGAGCCUAAUACACCCAUUCAGGAAAGUCCGUAUAUCACGUCAGCGACAAUAUCUAUCUCUCAGAGGGCUGUCAACUCUCUGUGUCUUCUUCCUCUAUCAGGAGAUGGUCACAUCCUUCUUGCAGCUGCCUGCUCUGAUGGCGCAACUGUUGUGAUUGAUGGAAACACAAUGGAAGUCAUCUACCGCCUCCAACCGCAUCCUACCAACGUACUGCUAGUGAAGUUUGCAGGAGAAAUCCUGUGGACAGCCUGCGCAGACAAGCACAUCCGAGGCGUUGAGCUUCCACUGGCCAUGUUCUUAGAGAAGCUUUACUCUGAAACAGGCGAAAAGACAGAACUAGCUGGGUCCUUGAAGAAUCAGCAAGAAACACAUUUGUAUAGCAUCGAGCUAGAGGAUUGGGCCUUGGACUGGGCAUUUCCAAGCGACGAAGAGAUUGUUUCGAAGACUGGGCACAUAGUUAUCGGCUUACGAAGCAAAAGAUUGGUCUUUUUGACUUGCCAUGGCAAACUACAGGAAGCAAGGUCAUCUAGACGGUUCUUCGACGGAAUAUGUGCAGUCAACCUGGUUCCACAGGUGGUAACACAAGCGUCUGGAGACAAGGAGUUGGAUAUGGUCGUGUUUGCCAGUUGGGAUCAUUUUAUAAGGCGCAUUGCGUAUAGAGAGAGUGACGGACUGAAUGAAGAGCCAAGCGAUAUGAGCCUUAGUGAUUCUGAGCUGGAGGAUAAGCGUGCACAGAUACAAGAAGUGCAGGACUCACGCCUAAGGACCAUGCUUCUUCCCCCCGGUGAGUGA